AUGAUUCUUAAUCGCCUCUCCGACGGCCCGGCCACGGUCCUCUCUCCUCCCCGGGAACACGCCUUCGCUCAGUUCUCGUCCCAGUCCUCUUUCCUCGAUUCUCCUGGAAGUUUCAACGGCUAUCCGGCAAGUCCCAGCACUGUCUUUGCCAACAAUAGCUCUGCACAGUCUAACCCUUCGAGCUUCAAUUUCUCGCCUGCUCCUGCGGUUCCCAAGCCCUCUCGCAAAAGGUCCCGUGAUGAGGCCACUUCUGAAGAGGCCGUUGCUCCCAGCGCACCCCUAAGGCACCAGGCGCCGCCGGCUCCCAAGGUCAAGCCCAUCUAUGGCGAAGGCAUGGUCCUUUUAAACCCACAGACUGGCCUUGCGAUCUCUGCCGAGAGCCAGACUGGCACAUGGUACGAACAAGAGGCUGAGGCGCAACAGGCUGCCGCUGCACCUGUUUCCUCACGAUCGAACGCGCUGCUUUCUGAUGCUACCGACGUAAGCCGCAAAUCCCAGCGCCUUGAUAAAUCUGCACCAGGUCUGGACGAUAUUGCAUUGUCCUCGAUCCGCCAACGCCUGGAUGACCCCAGCUCCAACGAUCAGCAUCGCACUCUCAAUGCUGGGCCUGCUCCGCCCGCCGAGCCUCUAGUAGAUGACGCCACUCGUCUCCUGGGUAUCGGCUGGCAACGUGUCAACACUGACGAUGACAUGGCUCCUGCUGUUCGUGGCUGGACCAAGUAUAUUGACAACCAAUACUCGGCCCACCUGCACGGCUCCCAGAUGCUCAUGAAAAGCCGCGGUCUGAACGCCUAUCUUGUGGCUGCCACUCCGACUUCUGGAUCCUCGCCCGCCUUUUACCUCUUCACCGAAGACCUCUCACAAGGCCAGCUCGUUGCCUCCUCCUGGGAAGCCUGUCUUCAAAAUCUCCGUAGCUCUCCCAUAAUAUUCGAGGGCUCUGCUCCCCUUGGAGCUACCGACCGACCUAGCGUACAAUCAGUCUCCUUCAACUCCAUGGACACUGGCGUGCCACUUCUCCAACAAGCCCUGUCCAACAACCCGCAAGCAUCAAGCCUCGACAAACUGAGCGGAGGCGCGGAAACCGGGAUGGAGAUUGACUCGUAA